UCACUGACAGCUAAGAACGUAGUAAUUCUGAAUCAAUACAUCGUGUGAAUCAAGAAAACGCUACAAUUAAUACGCAAUUCAUUAAAUAUUUGCUAUAAAAACCCACAUUCAAUGGCUACAAGUAAUGCAAAAGGCCUCAAAGCAUCAGCAUUUGGUGCUAGCUCGUCGGGAGGUGGCAACAGAACUGGCGGGAAGACCGGCCCGGUUUCGACGGCGUCCCAACCUGACACUGACGCUACUAGCAGUGCCAUUAAUAUACCGUUUAUAAAAACAAAAGACAACAGCAAACAAUUACCAACAUACCACGCAGCGCUACAACGGUCUACUGAUGAUCAUUUAGCCGCUGAAGAUUUGGAUAAUAUACAAUUGGAGCUUGAAACACUGCUGUCUAGUGUGGCGCUACGUUAUCGUGUCUUAAAGUCUGAAUACGAGAGUUUAGACAAAGAUGAGCGACGGAAUGAACGACGCACUAAACAUGGCGCCAGUGGGGAAACACCCACAACUAAUGUGGGUACUUCGUCUAGCGGUAAACGUAAGCGUGAGGAAACGUCAAGCGUACGAAAGCCCAAACAUACACCCGCCUCGUCGUUAAAACACACAAAACAUGCUAAAAACAGUCCGGUUGCACCGAAUACGGAUGACAGCAUGGAUUAUGUGCCACCCUCUGGUUCACAUGGUCAUGGGCAGAAUCGUGAUCAUCAUCUGCAAAAGGUUACAUUGCCUAAAAAUGAUACACCAAACAAAUUUUGGCUUUCCGUCGAACCAUAUUGUAUGCCAUUAACAAACGAGGAUCUACGUUUGCUCGAUGAUCUCUUAGAUCAAUAUUCCGGACCAUUGGUGCCGCCUAUACCAGAGCUAGGUCCACAUUACUCCACCAUUUGGGCAACGGAAGAUAUGAAAGAAGUGCAACAAGCUUCAAAUCCUAAUGCAAAUUCAAAUCGCUUGAAACCACAAAAUACUGCUGCAACCAGUAUGAUUAAGAAGGCUGAAUCCAUGAUGGACGAAUGUGUCACCGGACCCUUGACACAACGUUUAGUGUCUGCGCUACUGGAGGAGCAACUGAUACAAAACCCCAGCGAACUGGCGGCAGCUGCAGUGGCGGAUAGCAGCAAUAGUAGUAGCGAAAAUACGCACUCUUCGGCACAAAUGAAUUUUCGUUCUCUAUCAUUGCUACGUAAUUGUAUCGAUAUUGAGAAACGUGUGAAAAGAGAACUCAUAGAACAAGGUAUACUGGAUUUAAAUGAUUUCCCAAACAAUGACGAAGACGAAAUACAUGCUGAAAUAAAACGUUUAAUUUCGGAACUAUCAGCGAUUGCUGAGUACAAUGGUGCUGCGCUGAAACGACUUCAUGAGUCUGCCGCUGAAGAAAUCAAACGUCUAGAAAUUAAACGAAAACUCGACACAGUCGACCAGGAAAUACUUGAAGCGUACAAACGUACCAUGCAGAGUAAAGCUAAGCGCAAGCCGCUUAGUGCCGAAGAUCAGCAGGAGAUAUAUCGUUUGACUUCGGAACAAAAAACACUUUCUGAUCAACUAGAGCGUAUACAGGCAAAUUGUUUUCUCUACGAAUAGUUUUUGGCCACCACUGGUGGAGGGCAAGCACAAUCAGAUACGCGCGUUAUUAGUGCAGCACCUGAACGCUCAAUACUAGUGGCGCUUCUAAAUGAAAAAUAAUAUUAAUUUUCACAAUACCAUAAGACCUCUAAUUUAUUUUCUUUUUCUCAACUAUAAAAUGCAAAUUCAAACUUACUGCUGGAAAAUGCGAAACCGCACCUCUGCACUAUACCACAAAUAAAAACGUUAUAACCGGAUAAUAUGCUGAAAAACUGAAAAUUUAGAA